GUGACUUGAAUAAAAAAAAUCUGACGUCUCAAGUUAUUAUAAUGUGGUUUUAUGCCAUUUUGGCUGCAUUAUACCCAUCAACAGUGGUUCAUGACAGAUAAAGAGAGUUUUACGAACACUAGUAUUAUAUUCAAACUUAUUCGAAUUUAUGGCAUCUGUAACUGAUAGCGUCAAUAUUUCAACGACAAUACAUUUUUUUACAUAUUUCUGAUGUGUCUUUGUUUCUAUGAAUUCUAUAACAAAUGGAAGAUAAGGAUCUUGUGGACGAACUGAGAACACUCCAACAAUUACAGAACAUAUUACAACAAUAUUAUACCUUGUUGCAAUUGAUGAGGACCGAUUUAGAGAAGAUGCUAAACAACUUCACUACAUUAAAUGGCCUGGAAUAUAACAAAGCGCCCAAGUAAAAACACUUCUUUGGUGAUAACAAAUGUUCAUAGUUUAUGAAAACUUCUACACAUUUACUUAUUAUAUAUGAACCCAAAUGCAAUUACAACAUGGCAACUAAUACAAAUCAGAAAGACGUAUUACCAGAUGGUACAUUACUUACAUGCGCUCCAUCUUAUUUAAGAAGAAAAUCGUUUCAAAAUGCGUCAUCCCUUGUUUUAUCAGAAAACAAUGAUGAAGCAGAACGUUUGGCUAGGAGAAGAAAUAUAAAUAUUUCUACUAUAUCGAUAAAAAAUACUACAAAUGAUAAACGACGAUCCUUGGGACUAGGUGUCUUAGCACAUUUGUCAGCACCAGAAAUAAUAGAUCGUAUAUCAGAGUGUAUAAAACUUAAUAUGGAAAACAAAAUUAAUAUGAAAAAUGCUUUUAACCUUGAGAUAAUCGAUUUCAUGACUUACAUGAUUAAAAAACAAGAUGACAAUAUGUCUAACUUGCAAGUAGCUAGUACAUCCUUGGAUGUAAGUACUAAAGUUUAUGGAUAUCGUGUAGAUGAUGUAUAUACAGAAAUAAUGAAACUUGUUGGUGGCAUGGAUAAACAGGAGAAAGAAUUUGUGAGAAGUGGUAGUCAAGAUGACACAGAUGUACAAGUAAAUCAAGUAAAUGGUUCAGAUGAACAAGGGAAAAAGAAAAAGAAAAAGUCGAAGCAAACAAUUUUCAGUACUGUUAAAAAUUUAAAAGGAAGUGUUGAAAUAAUGAAACCCACAUUGUGGUUAAUGGGGGAUGAUGAUUGGCAAACUACAGAUGCACUAUAUCAAGUUAUGUUGCCAAAUCAUGCAAAUUCCAAAUUUUAUUUACAUUUAUAUAAUGACGUUAUUGUUGAUACUGUAAAAACUGAGGAGAAUGACAAAAAUGGAGAAGAAAAUAUUCCAAAUGUAGACUUUUCUGGAUCAGAAAUAUGUCCACCAUUGGCUAAGUUUCAAUUCCUUUAUUGGACUGAUGUCAAUGAAGAAGAACAGGAAGAAGACCAAGUGGAAGAAAAUAAUGGAAACAAAUUUCAAUUUGACCUAGAUGCCAGUUUGCAAUCUGAAAAUGAAAUGGUUGAUUCCAGUAUAAAUUUGUUUAAUAUUGAAGUUGAAGAUAAUGUGGAAGCAUAUGUUAAAGUGCAAAAACCUGUAGAAAAGAUUGUAGAUCUCUGUAAAAUCAUAACUAACACUGAACUAACAAAAAAAUCUGAAUAUUCUUUUCUUCAGACAGGUAAUAAUAUUCACUGGGCAGGUCCAUGUCACUGGAAGGUAAAUAAUUUCAAAAAACACAUUGGUGGAAGCAAAAUCAUAGAAACAUGUCAUCAAGAACAAGGUGUAAAAAGGAAAGAAAUAGAAUUAUCUUUUGAUGAUAAUGUAAAGCAAGCUGUAAUGGCAAAAUUUGUAUUGAAUCGCACAGGAAGAAUAGAGUUAAAGUCUGCUGAAAGAGAAUGGUACGAAGAGACAUUACCACGAGAUAUGCAUUACAAUAUUUCAAGUACAACUAAGCUAUAUCUUUAUGAAUUAACAGCCAUGGGUACACAAAACAGAAACGAUUUGAAUGUUACCCAUGUGUUUGAUGAUAUAGACAAUUAUAAUUACACCAACGAUAAUGAUGUAUCAAAUUAUUGUCCUAACAUUCCUAAUGAAGAUUAUGAACUACCUGAAGAAAAUCAUAAUGAGGACGCGAUUGAUUUAAGAUUUGAAGGUGAAAUUCAUGAGAACUUUAUAGGAGACAAUUUAGUUGCCGUUCCCAAAUUAACAAAUAAAAUAUCUAUCGCGUAUAGCGUUCGUGCAAAUAAAAUUGAUAUGCGACAAUUGAAAAAAUCUAUUUGGAACCGCCUGAUAACUACAAACGAUAAAGAAACUAUAAAUACACAAAAUAUGGUGGAACAAGAAACUGAGAACAAAAUGAAAGAACAAAAAAGUUUCAGUGAAAUUUAUAGAGAACUGCCAAAUAUGUUAACGAAAGCUAAUAUGGAGGCAUUAAGUUUCCCUAUUUCGUUUGUAUCUUUGCUACAUUUAGCGAAUGAAAAAACGUUAAAAAUACAGUCCCUUCCAGAUAUGUCUGACAUCAUUGUUGCUGCAAAUUAAAUAUCUCUACAAUGUAAUUGCU